GGAGCUGAGAGCGCCCGCAGCUUCGGGGAGCGAGAGGAGGAGCGGCGGUGCCGGGAGUCCGAGUGGGAGGAGAAUGUAGGUGAAAGGGGAAUCGAGGGGGGGCAGGGCCCGAACCCAACCCUAUCUACAAAGUGCGGGGAUCCUGGGCCUAUUUUGCAAUCCUCAGAAGAGAUCGGACGCCCGGCUGUAGAAGAAGCAUCCAUCCUGUCCCGCCAGCCAUGUCCCUGCUCAGAGGUGUGUACAUAGUUGCUGCUAAGCGAACGCCCUUCGGGACCUUUGGAGGUUUACUGAAGGAUUUCACAGCAACUGACCUGGCUGAACUGGCUGCCAAGGCUACCCUGUCUGCUGGCAAAGUUUCUCCAGAAAUUAUUGACAGUGUGAUCGUAGGCAAUGUCGCACAGAGUUCAUCAGAUGCUGCAUACUUGGCGAGACAUGUUGGUUUACGUGUGGGAGUCCCUCAGGCAACUCCAGCUCUUACUCUGAAUAGACUUUGUGGGUCUGGCUUCCAGUCUAUCAUCAGUGGAUGUCAGGAAAUUUGUGUCAAAGAUGCUGAAGUGGUACUAUGUGGGGGAACAGAAAGUAUGAGCCAAGCUCCCUACUGUGUCAGAAACAUACGCUUUGGAACCAGGUUGGGAACAGACUUGAAGCUGGAAGACACUUUGUGGACAGCUUUGACUGAUCAACAUAUUAAAACCCCCAUGGCAAUUACUGCUGAGAAUCUUGCUGCAAAACAUAAAAUAAGCAGAGAAACCUGUGAUAAAUAUGCUUUACAGUCACAACAGAGGUGGAAAGCUGCUAAUGAUGCUGGCUACUUUAAUAAUGAAAUGGCACCAAUUGAAGUGAAAACAAGGAAAGGAAAAGACAUGAUGAAAAUGGAUGAACAUCCCCGACCACAAACAACUUUGGAACAACUGGCAAAGCUCGCACCAGUCUUCAAGAAAGAUGGAACAGUCACUGCAGGAAAUGCUUCAGGAGUAUCUGAUGGAGCUGGAGCAGUGAUCAUAGCGAGUGAAGAUGCUGUUAAAAAGCAUAGCCUGACUCCGCUUGCCAGAAUUGUGGGCUACUUUACAUCCGGAUGUGAUCCUACUAUUAUGGGCAUUGGUCCUGUUCCUGCCAUCAGCGGUGCACUAAAAAGGUCAGGACUGAACCUGAAAGACAUGGAUUUGGUUGAAGUGAAUGAAGCUUUUGCUCCCCAGUAUCUAGCAGUGGAAGAAUCUUUGCAUCUUGACCCAAGCAAAACCAAUGUGAAUGGAGGAGCCAUUGCCCUGGGUCAUCCUUUGGCAGCCUCUGGGACACGGAUCACUGCUCAUCUGGUUCAUGAAUUAAGACGUCGAGGUGGAAAGUAUGCAGUUGGAUCAGCUUGUAUUGGUGGUGGCCAAGGAAUCGCUCUUAUCAUUGAGAACACGGCCUGAGGACGCGAGGACACAGCGACUAGAGUCCUUAAUCUAUAAACAUUUAUAUUUGCUAAAUUGUGUGAAAGAAAAAUAAUAACCUUCACAAAACUGACCUUGUGUUACCAAAGAAACUUCCAGUGGGCCCGGGGUAAAGAGAGAUGGGGAUUCUGAAGUUACCAAGACAGAGAAAUCCAUUUAUUUAUGCAAAAUGUGUGCUUAUCUUUAAACUGCUUUUCCAGAUUUGGCACCAGUAAUAUAAAACAUAUUUCUCAGCCAAAACUUAAUUAAGGUAACUUGACAAAACUAGGAUUCCUGCCAUAUAACCGCCAAAUAUACCUUUCUGCCUUACUGCAUAAUUGCAAGGCCAUCUUGCCAAUUUUUGCCUUAACUCUCUAAUUAAUCACCUGGUUCACUCCAGUCCUAAAAGAGGUGUUUUUCAUUUCAUUGCAAUCAAAAAGCUUUUAUUGAUCAUUUUUAAAGUUGUGUUUGUUGUAUACUAAAGGCAUUUCAUAGAUCAUCUGUGACAAAAGUUGUCAUAAAAAAUCAAUAAAAAGUCAUCUCAAUUUGAAGUUA